AUGGCAUCCAGACCUCCGGUUGGCAAAGCGCAGCCGCAGAUGCCGACCACUGGUCGACGGCUCUUCCAGGGAGUGCGGGAUCCUCGCAGGAAGCAAAGGACACGCGCUGGAGACACGACUCAGACCUCCGAACGUUCCUCGGUUCCGGUGGGGGCCGCCAUCGUCGCCGCCAAGGCACAGAGGCGUCACCGCGGAUCGCGCGGCGGCAGGAAGCGCGAGGGCCCCGAAGGCAGGACUCAAGGCAGCAAGAGGCCGCGAAGCCCGGAGCGACCUCCUGAAGCGAAAGGACGGGGGAAGGGGCCCAAAGCUCCCAAGAAGCUGCCGAUCGGGCGCGCAGCCCCAGCGGAGGAUGGCGAGGUCGAGGUGGACAUCGCGUUUGACACACGUGCGGAGAUAGAUGACCAGCAGGUCUUCACAGGGGUGAUCAAGAACAUCAGCCCGGUGAAGGGCCUUGGAUUCAUCGUCUGCCGCGAGUCCGAAGUGGUCUUCGGCCGAGACGUUAUCGUGUCUCGAGAGAAUCUCGAGCACUUCGGCGUCGGCGACCAGGUGAACUUCCAAGUCUUCGUGGAGGACGGCAAGCCUUUUGGUUACGCUCUGGAAGGCAGUGGGGCACCCCCAGUCGGCGCACCAGUGGACACGAGUACGGCUAAGCCUAACUCGCCAGAGCGACCUCCGCGGCAAAAGCUGGCCCCAAAACCUUCCCUCGCAUCGGCAGCGUCCUCGGCACCGCGGAUCAUGCAUGCUCCCAGCAAGAAGGUGCGGGUGCCGAUUGGGGCUACCGCGCCAGAGGAUCCCGGCUCACAAGGCCGGGUGAGCAAUGCACAGGCUCAAGAAGCCGGAGGAACAGAGGGCGCCCCUCCGCGCAAGAAAGCGCCGCGGUACACACCGCCCACCCCCAAGGCCGUCUCCUCCUCUGCGCCUCCACCGGCUCCGGCGAAGCCCUUUACUGCUUUUGGCUCUUCGCCCGCAGCGAAGGCCGAGGUGCCGAAAGCACCACCUCCGGAAGAGCCGGAGCUGUUUGAAAAGGCAAAGUCCCAGAUGAAGCAGCUCGAGGCAAAGAUGGCCCACCGCUUCACUUGCGACUUCAGCCUUUAA